CCUGUUUCACUUGCCAGUGAGUAUAAGUGAGGGAAACAAGUACAUUAUUGUGGGGAAAAUAAACAGACUAAGAAAGUGAGCACACUGAGGUAAAGGAUCGCGAAAAAUUUAGAGUGAAGAUCAGUGGAAAUUCGCGGGUAGUGGAUAAGUGCUGGCAACUGCUGUUUCGUGACCGUCAUACAAGAUGUGUUUAGGGCGGGUGUUGACGGCUGUGGUACUCCUAACAGCUGCUAGGGGCGCCUCCAUCACACAGGAAGCGCUGAGAGGACACCAGGUAUGGGAGGUUAGCGGCGGUCUUGUUCCACAGCACCUGGUGAUGACUGGCUUGGUGGACCCUCUGGAUCACUCUGGACCUUCACGCUCCAUUAGGGUCGCUCCUGAGUUUGCCAGCAAGGUGAAGGAAUCCCUACACCGAGCUGACCUCACCUACCGGAUCCUUGUCCAUGACCUUUCCACUUACCUAGAGGAGGAGGAGGUACGAGAAGGAAGGUCAAGGCGGGACGCAGAAAACAUCACCUGUACCUGCUCGUCCUGCCUUGAGCCACUACACUCACAGUACAUGAGCUUCUGUCAGAUAGAGAGGUUCCUGGCAGACAUGGCACAAACCUACCCCGACAGGAUCAAUGUAACUUCCAUUGGCAAGUCGGUUGAGGGCCGCGAUAUUUGGCUGGCUCACCUUAAACCCACGAACCCAUUGGACAAAUCCAUCUGGGUGGAGGCUGGCCUGCAUGCCCGGGAGUGGAUCUCGCCAGCUGUGGCUCUGCACCUCAUCCACCGCCUGAUCCACAACUCAUCCAUGGCUGGAAUAGAUGCCUUUAUCAUACCGAUGGCCAACCCAGAUGGUUAUGUCUACACUUGGACUACCAAUCGUUUCUGGAGAAAGAACCGCAGGAUUUUGGCCAGUAAUUGUGAUGGGGUUGACCUCAACCGCAACUGGGAUUUCCAUUUUGGUGUGGGCGCCUCCACUGAUCCUUGCAGCGAAGUGUACAAAGGACCAUCUGCCUUUUCUGAACCGGAGACUCGGGCUCUACGUGAUGCUAUGCUGAAAGAGAAAGAUAAUAUGGUGCUGGUGUUGGCUCUACACAGUUUUGGACAGAACCUGCUGUACCCGUGGGGCUGGUCCAAAACUGUCCAAGCACCUGGCAGGGAUGAGCUCAUCGCCACAGGAAAAGUGUUCACUUUCGCUGCCAGGAAGGCCACAGAUGUGAAAUACAAUGUAAUAAACUCUGCUGGAGACUUUUAUUUUGCAUCUGGGGCCACUGAUGACUGGGCCUUGGGGAUGCUCAAGACCAAGUACGCAUACACACUGGAGCUGAGGGACAAGGGGACUUGGGGCUUCUCCCUUCCAUCAGAUAACAUCGCUGACUGCAGCGAGGAAGUGUGGCAGGGACUCAACGCUAUGGUCAACGAUAUUGUCUCUUAAAAUUUUAGCUAUCUCAUAUAUAUAUAUAUAUAUAU